AUGGGGGAUUUUAACGAAGUGAUUGCAAAAGAAGGAAAGUCUGGGGGUAAUCCCAUUAGUCAGAGAAGGGUUAAUGCCAUUCUGGAUUGCAUGGAUACAUGUCAGAUGAUGGAUUUGGGUUUCUUCGGUCCCAAAUUUACUUGGUCGAAUAAAAGAGAGAUUGGGAAUUUGAUUCAGUGCAGGUUGGAUAGGUGUUGGGUAAAUCCGGAUUGGAGGGCCUAUUACACUAAAGCAAAUGUCACUCACUUGGCCAUGAUUAAUUCGGAUCAUUGCCCCUUACUUCUCAACCUUAACCCAAACACUGGGCAAGGUUCAAAUAGGCCUUUUAGAUUCCAGUCUGUGUGGUUGAGUCAUAAGGAUUUUCCGGCUAUGGUUCGUGGAGCUUAG